UGAAGCGGGCAAAUGCGGAAGCUGAGGGGACAAUAACAAACAGAGAGAGGUCUGUUUCCUCAACACAACGCGGCUUUUAUAUUCACUGUUAACAAACCAACCAACCUGUAAUUGCGUUUCGACAUAUUCCAUGUCUUGUAGCGUUAUUGUUGUGAAUGGCGAGAUGAACCGGAGUUAAGUUGUCGGUAAGCUAAUUUUAACGGUUUUAAGCAGCCGAGCAACAUGUCGUUAUUUAGUGUCCAAGCGAGGAAACAUACGACCUAUUAUGACCAUCUAAUGGCAACACCCAAGACACCGGGCAGAGAGAGGAAAGCAACGGACACAACGGCAGGAAACAGUGAGAGAAGAUCCGGAGAUUCAGUGUCUGAAGACAGCAGAUCAUGUGAUAAAAGCCGGCAGGUAAACAGAACUUAUGUCAUCUCUGCUCUGUCAAAAAGCGGCAGCGGGCAGCAGACUCCUUACCGAGGCAGACUCACUCUGCAGAGGAGGUCCAGGAGGAAGACUGGCUCUGAAACUACGAUGGUUGAAAGCAGCCAGAACAGCACAGCAGCUCCGGAGAAGAGACUGACCCUGCAGCGCAGGACCAGGGCUCCCUCCAUGGACAAAAGUGUUAAAGUUAGCGGCCCCGGUCUGCAGGCUACACCCAAGGUCCUCUCUGAACCUAACGGGAGGGCUGCUGGUGUGUUCAGGUCCACGAGUUUAAGAGAAACUCCAAGUAAGAGUAAAGGAAGAGAAACUAGUGUGGAGACACAGGUGAGGCCGCAUAUAAAAAUAUCUUCUUCUAUAAGUAGGCAGCUAGAGGACCAGGCCCAAACAUUUAAAACUCCUACCAAAAAGACCCCUUUUGAAAAAAUCGCCGCCAGGAGAGACGUGUUCGAGAGACUGGCAGGAAAAGACGCUCCUAAACCAGUGGCAGUCAAAUCUGCAAGUCUAGAAAGGCCCAAAUCCAGAGUACAGCAAGCGGAAGAUACCAGACCUGUGGCAGCUCCUCGGAUCAGCAAGACGCCAGGUGUGUUCAAGACAAACGCCGCUCCGCAGGUGAGGAAGACAUCCAGCUCUGGUCAAAAGGGAGACGUGAUCCAGACUAGGACCUCCAUUCCUGCUCCUGCUCCUGGUCCAAUAGCUGCUCCUGGUCCAGUAGCCACCGUGCAGCUCCUGUCCCGUCCCAGCGAGGCUCUGAAGCAGCAGGAUUCAUUUAAGAUGGAGAACAGCGCAGUGACUGUUGCUGUCCGUGUUCGCCCUUUCAAUGCCAGAGAGAAGGCAGAGAAAGCAUUGCAGGUCAUCUUCAUGAACGGUCAGGAAACGGCUGUCCAGCAUCCUGACUCCAAGCAGAGCUACUCCUUCACUUAUGACUUCUCCUUCUGCUCGGUGGAUGAGUGUGAGCCCACCUUUGCCAGCCAGCAGACCGUGUAUGAAACCCUGGCCAAACCUCUGCUGCUGAGGGCUUUUGAAGGAUUCAACACCUGCCUGUUUGCUUACGGCCAAACAGGCUCUGGGAAGUCAUACACGAUGAUGGGUUUUGGAGAACAGGCAGGGGUAAUCCCACGAUUCUGCCAGGAGCUGUUUUCUAGAUUGGCAUCCAUGGAAAAUGAAGAGGUCAAAUGUCAUGUAGAGAUGAGCUAUUUUGAAGUCUAUAAUGAGAAGAUCCAUGACCUGCUGGUGACCAGAGAUGAGCCAAACCAGAGGAGGAAUCCUCUGAGGGUGAGAGAGCAUCCAGUCCAUGGUCCCUAUGUUGCUGACCUCUCUGCGAAUAUUGUGAGCUCCUACAAUGACAUUCAGGGUUGGCUGGAGCUGGGCAACAAGCAGAGAGCCACCGCUGCUACAGGAAUGAAUGACAAGAGCUCCAGAUCUCACUCCGUCUUCACCCUGGUUAUGACGCAGACUCAGACUGAGUUUGUGGAGGGUGAGGAACAUGAGCACAGUAUCAGCAGCAGGAUCAACCUGGUGGACCUGGCAGGAAGUGAGCGAUGUAACUCGGCCCAGACCAGCGGAGACCGACUCAGGGAGGGUGCUAGCAUCAACAAAUCCCUGCUGACCCUGGGAAAGGUCAUCUCUGCCCUGUCGGAACAGGCGCUGACCAGAAAGAAGGUCUUCAUCCCGUACAGAGAGUCUGUCCUGACAUGGCUGUUAAGAGAGAGCCUGGGUGGUAACUCCAAGACAGCCAUGAUCGCCACACUAAGCCCGGCCGGCAGCAACGUGGAAGAAAGUCUCAGCACUCUGCGCUACGCCCAGCAGGCCCGCACCAUUAUUAACAUAGCUAAAGUCAAUGAGGACACCAACGCCAAGCUCAUCAGAGAGCUGAAGGCGGAGGUGGAGAAGCUGCGAGCGGCCCAGAUGAGCUCCCUGGGCAUCGAACCAGAGAGGGUCCGGCUGUUCCAGCAGGAGAUCGUCGGCCUGAGGAACAGACUCUGUCAGCAAGAGAGAGAAAUGGUCGAGGCCAACCGGGCAUGGAAAGAAAAACUGGAGCAAGCAGAAAUCCGCAAACGUGAAGAGACCAAAGAGUUGCAGAAAGCAGGUGUGACAUUCAAAGUGGACAAUCGUCUUCCUAACCUGGUGAAUCUGAACGAGGAUCCUCAGCUGUCUGAGAUGCUCCUCUACAUGAUCAAAGAGGGUCGGACCACAGUAGGCAAGCUCCAGUCUGAGUCCAGGCACGACAUCCAGCUGACUGGGGCCCUGAUCGCUGACCAACACUGUGUCAUCACCAACAUCCAGGGUACUGUCGGCAUCACUCCAAUGGAAAGCGCCAAGACGUUUGUUAAUGGAAACCUCAUAUCUGAAUCCACUGUCCUUCACCAUGGUGACAGGGUGAUUCUUGGUGGAGACCACUACUUCCGCUUCAAUCACCCAGCAGAGGUGCAGUCUGGGAAGCGGGUGUCAUGCUGGACGGGCGCAGGCGACGGCCACAAAGACUUUGAAUUUGCCAAAAAUGAGCUGCUCACAGCUCAAAGAGCUCAGCUGGAGGCAGAAAUUGAAGAAGCCCAUUUGAAGGCCAAACAGGAAAUGAUGCAGGGAAUCCAGAUGGCGAAAGAGAUGGCCCAGAAAGAGCUGUCUGACCAGAAAGUGCUUUAUGAGGACAGGAUCCGAGCCCUGGAGAGAGAGCUGAACGAGGAAACUGAGCGGAAGCGUCAACAGGAGUUCGAUCAGCAGAGGGUGGCCAGCCAGAUGGCAAAGCUGAAAAUGGCCAAACAGGAGCUGGAGCAGGAAGUGGACACCCACAAGAAACGCCUCCGUCUGCACAGAGAGGCCCAGGCGAUGGAGGAACACCGUGUGUGUCAAGCGAAGAUUGUUGACGCCCUGGAGGCAGAGAAGAGAAAGAUCAGCAGAGAGCUCGAGGAGAUGCAGAAGAAAAGAGCCUUCAGGGAAAACCAAACUUCCAGAAAUGUGCCUCCACAGUGGGAUGCCAUGAAGCUGUCCCUGAUGAUUGAAGAAGCAAAUAAGAUCAGUGCUAAACUGAAGAAAAACACAUUCUUUAGCAGACACGAAAGCUCUGGAGAUGAGAUCCUGGAGCAGGCUGGUCUGCUACAGGUGCGGGUUCAGAACAAAAAGCUGGGGAUCUCCACUUUCUGGAGUCUGGACAAGUUCCAGAACAACAUUGCUGCCAUGAGGGAACUCGAUCAGGGGGAUUCCACCUCUAAAGAUGACGAUGUGUUUUAUGACCCUGAUGAUGAGUGGGAGCAAGAUAUAUCGGCCUCCUCUGCUUCCACCUCCUCCUUCUCACGCCGAAGGAGCAGGAGCUUGUUGAAAAGCAGGAGAAUCUCAGGGCGUCUCUACGAGAUCCGAGUCCAUCCGAUCCAGAGUCUCGCCAACUGCUCGUCGCAGUCUGCCGGGUUAAUGGGUGUGGCCAAACCGCCCUCCACCCAUUCCAGCAGCUCAGACUCGGGCAUGCCUGGCAUCUGCAAGGAGCUGAUAGGCCAGUCAGUGGCCCGUCUGCGUGGUUGUAGCGGGACAGAAGAGAGCAUGGCGGACAGGUUGGCCUCAGAUCUGCAACUGAUGUAUGUGGCGGUCCAAACCAUAUCCAACCUGUACGACAGCAUGGAUGAUGACAGCGCGGAGAACGUGUUUGUGAGUAACUUGGUUGCCCAGACUCAGUUGGUGAAGGCCACUACAGCCAUAGAGAGUGCAGUGUUUGUCACCAUGCAGUGGAUGGCCAGCGUGAAACCCUCCUUUGGCUGGCUCUACACCAUUGCUGAGGAACUCAAGAGCCAAGUCAAGAAAAUGGGAGGAUUCUUCCAGCUGCUUAUUCAGGGUUGUGAAUCUGAGAUCACAUCGAUGGUGACGGAGGCCCGGAGAAAGAGCAGUCAGUGCCUGGAUGCAGCACUGCUCGCACUCGGCCACCUGGCGGCCAUGACAGGCAUGCCGCUGAAUGCAGUGGAGCAGAGUGCCCAGGCCACAGGCAAGCAAUCAGUUGGCAUGUGUCUGCUGAGGGGGACCGAUAAGGGCAUCCACUCUCUCAUAGAGGAGAGCCUCACCAUCACCAGAGAAAUGCUGAGAGACGCUCAGCUGGCCUUCCCCAGAAACCCAGUCUUGCAGAGCCUAAAAUCCAAGACGCUUGACUUAGCACAAGCUCUGCAGACCUACAUGCAUUACCAUAUCACGGAGAGGGAGACGGACCCAGAGGAGUUGGAGGACGGGGAGGAGGAGAUCUCAACUCCCCACUUCCAGAGACUGAAGACUACAGCGUCCAAACUGUUCCAGCUGAACCAGGCCAUCAGACAGCUGCAUUCCUGUCUGUCUACCGCCCUGCGAGGGAAAGACAGAGACUCCAACCUCAGCAGCAGCAGCAGAGAGCUGAUCUCCUCCUCUGCCAAGGCUGUUGAUGAGCUGAUCACUGGUCUGUCCAAGGAGGGAGCACUGACACCGUCCCUGCAGCUCCCCUUCCUGCCGAGCGUCAUGGCUGCACGAGACGAGCUCCAGUCUGCCCUGCUGUCCCUGUCCUCCUCCUGGAACCAACAGGAGGCAGGAGCAAACUCUACUGCUUCAGAUAAGAGCACAGAAAAUGAAAUGUUGAGUAAUAAAGAGACUCACAGUGCUGUUAGAAAUCUAGGCGUGAGUAAGAUAGUGUACUCUCUCCCUCCAGGUGUGUCGUCCCAAGGCAGCUUACACUGGGUAUGAUUUAUAUUAUGUGUUAUUCUUUAUGAUGUACUCGCAUCAUGUACGAUUUACUGUUAAAAUCCCAUGCUGAUAUAGGGAAAACUUCUGCUGGUAACGACAAAUGGGUUGUGGGUAUAUUUUUCUACUCCUGAUAUCACCAACCUGGCGUCAGAGGCAACAAAUGCUGCAGAGAAUUAUUUAGUGUUCCGAUCCACAUUGCUAAAAUUCACAUACAAGUAACUGAUUUCUAAGUGUGAGCAAUUUUUGCAUUUUUUAUGGGGUACUUUUCCAAUUAUAAAGAAAAGUCUAUUUGAUAUGUAGAUGCUUCAAAACCACAACAAUAUUUCCUAUCAUUUCACUUCUAA